CCAACAGCAAACUGACCUGUCCGCAAUCCCCAGCUUCGGUUGGAACCAGUUUGGGUUUCCGACUCCCAGUUGCCUCCGGCAUCCCCAACGUGCAAUGCUACAGGGCUGCAAGAGGAUAGAGGCCGAGCUGCAAAAGCUCGAUGUGGACUUGAAACUUGUAGAUGCUCUCAAAGGGAACAUUGAGCAACAGAUGAACGCAACGAUGCAGCAGGAAGUACCGGAUGACAUCACGGCUUUCGAGGAGUCCUUGCGCGACCUGGCUGGGGACAAGCACAGACUGGAGAACGAGAAGCAGGAAGUAGAAUUCUGGUCGCAAAGGUGCCAACCGUAUCAUCAGAUCUUGCUUUCUUUUGUCCAUCCAGCCUUUCCCCAAACAGAGAAAGUAGAGACAGAGAUGAGUCAGUCCGUCAGGGAUGGCGUGGGCGGUAGAAUUACGCGACGGCAGAGUGUAGCGGUGGCACUGGGGGAAUACGAACUGCUGGUAAAGAUGAGAUUUCCGACGAAUUUUGUUUCGAAUACAAUCAUGUCUAGUAGUUCUACUAGUUCUUCCUCAACGUCAGCCUCGGAAUCGUCCUCAUCAGCAUCAACAUCAGCAUCAACAUCAGCAUCAACAUCAGCAUCAACAUCAGCAUCAACAUCAACAUCAACAUCAGCAUCAGCAUCACCAUCAGCAUCAGCAUCAGCAUCUUCCUCUUCCACUAGUGCUACAAGCCUUGCAGUAAGGACUUUCGUCAGACAACGCUACAACUCCUGGACGCUGUAUAUCUUGGAUGCGAAGGAGAGGAUUUUAGAUGCUGGCACUUUAGCUUCACCGGGGGAAGAAGCACCAUCUACUGCGUCAGGUUCUAGUAGUAGUAGUAGCACUUCUACUAAUGGAGGUGGAGGCAGUAGAAUUUUCGUUGAUAAAGCUUCUGCAUGGUGGGAGAGCAGAUGUCGCUAUCCUGGUGAAGAGGCUUUGCCUUCAGGGAUUCCAGUGUGCCCGUUGCAUGGAGUGGAAGAUUUUUGGAGUAAAGCGAGAGGACUAGUUCCCUGGUCGAGCGGGAUGCAACAGUCGGCGACAGCAUUGAAGUUGGCGGCGAAUGGCGGAGCAGGAGGUAGCAAUUUUCAUUUCAUUCUGUGUUCGCACUGCAGACGAUGGCUACGUACUUAAGAAGGAAAUAUGGUCCUCACAAGAAUUUCUACAACCGAAUGAUGCUUCCCAAUUAUCUAUGUUCACCUUCACUAUGUAUCACCCACUAAAAGGUACAGCCCAGUACGUCAGCUCCGCACUUGGCAGCGCCUGUCUUACAGCGAAAGACUACUACUACGAUUUCGAUUGGCAGAGUUUAGUAGACGAGCAAGACGCUCGCAUUAGAAAUGCGGAGAGGGGCAGACCUGUCGAGGAUCUGGCCGUGCUUCUACGUACUGGAAAUGGCAAUGGCGGCAGCAGCUCCUCCGCAUCUGCCAAUCGCGUGGACACUUUUUUAGCUUUUGUCCAGCCAUAUUUCAGGGAUCAUGUUGCUGGUGCCGCGUCCUCUGCCGAUCCUACAACAGCCACUGACAUCAACCCAAAAAUCCAAGGGCGCGUCUCCAUGAUCCACCUCUCUUUCGAACUAAGGGAAGCCGUUUCCUCAACUCUCGCCUUCAAGACGCUAGAAUUGGCUUUUCCCGACGGUUGGGAAUUAGAAGUCAAUAUCCCCAGUGACGUCGAAGUGCUGACGGGAGCAUUUCCGAUUUUGAAUUUGGGUUGGGUUCCGGAGAAACCGAUUACGAAGUUGUUUUUCACUCUCAACGUAGGAGAAAGGGAACUGGUAGACGAAUUUUUGGGUGAAGCGGGUGGAUAUGUUGGCUACACAAGAGGCAUUCCCAAGGGGACCUUCGCAGUGCGAUUGCCAGUUAGGUGGCCGAAUUCGGUGUACUACGGGAGUGCGCAAGAUGUGGAUAUGGAAGUGAGCUCUGUCAGCAGGAGGAGGAGGGCGGAGGAAGUACCGCGGACGGUGGAGCAAGGGAAGAUACAGAAGGAGGACCACCUCCACGUAGAAAAAGUGCCACCAGUAGUGGGACGAGAAGUGGCCGACAGCAUGGCAUUAACAACAUCAAGGAGGAAAACUGAAGAUGCAACCAGCUCAACUACUAAGGUUAGACCCCUCCGAAGUGUCGUCAUACCCAUCUUCAUUCCAGACAAGACGAUAACAGACCACCAGCAAAGUACAGCUGGUUCAUCCACAUCAAGCACAGGCGAUACUUCAGCAAAUCAGGUUCUUCCAUCUUCAAAAGGUACGACAACAACUUCCACAACUGACGACAUUCGCAUAGCCCUUCCCGCUUCCUUCGGCAAAAACCGUCUACCCAAAGACAACUUCAUCACUUGGAAGUUUUGUCAUGAUUUCCCCUUUUGCAAUGAGAAGGUCGCAGAGUUUUCGACCCCUGCACCGGCGCAUGCGUAUGAUAUUCCAUACUCCGCAGAGUUUGAGGUGAAUGGUGCAGUCAUAGGACGAGCAAGAGAGUGUGCAGUGACUCCUGGGGAAAGUCAGUCGGGGAGAGGGAGUCGAAGAAAAAGUCCUUUUGGAGAUGGAAGAAGAGGCACAGUGCUUGUUGGGGCGACAAUUCUAGUACUUUUCUUUGUCGGUGCAUUGCACAAGAUAGAAAAAAUAUUUUCAUUUUUUUAAAGAAGAAUCGUUUCUAGAAUUCUAUAAGGGCAAUGAGAUUCUUGGGAGACUAUAUCAAGCUUAGCAUGCUGUGGGGGUUCUAAGACGCUUUGCCCACUCGAAUAACUAUUCAUACAAUAUGAUAACGUCAUUUGUCAUAAGUCAUAACCAUCUUCUGGAUGCAUCAUCUCUUUUGAGUUUUUUGUUCAUAGCGUAUGCAAAGAUACAGAAAAUCUUUUGUAUUUGUUUUUUAGAGAAGGGUCGUUUCUUCAAUUCUAAGGCUUACGAGAUUGGUCAUAGCGUAUGCGAAGAAUCGAUUGGAAUAAUUCUAGUAAAGUUGAGUCAGAGUACUAAUAAUUAUGGUUAUGGGUCGCAGGAUACUAAUUCUAAUAAAUAUGGGUCGUCGCUUUUCGUCUAGUUUAGGGUAAUUAUAUGAGUAUGGGCUACAACUCGGAGAAUAGCAAUAAGACUCUCCAGCGAGUCGGUAAGUCGAGUUUCUCGAUUCUACAAUCAACAAGUUAGGUUUUGCAGAGUUUUUUUCAAAAAGACAGUCACUGGAGAGGGACAGUAACGACCUGGUCUCCUCUCUGCCUUCUCGUCUUAUCAGGUAUAAAAGUUACAUUUUGCUGCACUAAGUACUCUAGCAGAGCUAAAGACGCCAGUUCUUAGUAUGCGCAAGAAGUGUCCAUAAACAUAUUUUGCAACAAGUUUCUUUCUGUCACCGAUGCCAUGUCAUUACUUAACGAGUAGCUCGUGAACUUGUUUUCUGAUAUGAUCGACUCAGCACGAACAAGGGAGAUUUCUGCAACUACUUAGUUUAAAUCUUCAAGUGUUAGGCGUAGUACGCCAUCUAUUUUCGUAGGUAAUGUUAUUUGACGAGACGGGAUGCAUGAUUCAAGAGAUUUGCUUUGGCAUGCAAGAGAAAAAGAUACGCAAGAAGAAGG